AUGCUGUUCCUACUGGCGUGCGUGUGUCUAUCCGGCUUAGGGCCGGCGGCGUCCGUACCCGUACCAGCCAACGGGUUCGUGUUCCCGGACGUACGGCAGCAGCGCAGGUUGGACCCUAUCACGCCGCCCGUGCUUCCCGUGCUUGAGCAUUUAGAACGGGACCCUAGCACCCUUCUUCCGGGGGAGGGGGGGAAGCGGCCGGCGGCCCCCAAGCCCCGCUUCGGCUUCGGGGGCGGGUUCAACGUGGCGCCGACGGGAACCGGUGGCUUGUCCGCCAGCGUCAGCAGCAGUGCAAGCGGCGCGGGCGUCAGCCACUCCGCUUCGCAAUCAUUCUCGUUCGGUUUCAACGAGGGCUUCAGCGCCUCGCAUUCCGCCAGCCAAGCGUCGUCGUUCAACGGAUUCGGGAGCUUUAGCGGCGGCCAGGCGAGCAGCCAGGCCGCAGCUUUCAGCGGUGCCAGCGCCACCUUAUCCGGCGCCUCGUCCGCCGCGGCCGCCCAGACGGGGAGCUUUGGCAGCCAAAGCUCCUCCUCUGCGUUCGGCUUCAACUCCAACAAUGGCGGAUUUUCCCGCCCUGAUGCCACCUUCGGCGAGGGUCUGCUGGACAUAAGACAUCGCGGGGCACCGAACUUCCCUUUCCCAAAUCUCCUCGGCAGGACUAAGGGCUCCGGCGCUGCGGCCUUCAGCCGUGGAGACUGCCCUCUCCCCGUGUUCGCACUACUGCUGGAUCUGCGGCGAUGCAGCUCUGCCAAGUCGCGAGAAUUGAGCGGCUUUGACUCUACCACCCUGAAUCAAUAUCCGUUCGGUUGGCCAUUCCAACCGUUCGGUCCGUUC